AUGUCUGUGUUCACAGAGCAGUUCCAGGUUGUUGGCCCUGAACACCCCAUUGUGGCAGUGCUGGGCGAGGAUGCCAUACUGCCCUGUGCCCUAUUCCCAGCCAUGAAUGCAGAGAACAUGGAACUGGGGUGGUUCCGCACCACACUCUCACAGGCAGUGUUCAUCUACUGGAACCAACAAGAACASMCUGAGGAACAGAUGGCUGAGUACAGAGGGCGGACCUCACUGGUGAAGGACUUCCUUUCUGAAGGGCAGGCUUCUGUGUACAUCCACAAGGUCCAGGUUUCUGACAAUGGAAUGUACACCUGCUUCUUCAGACAUGGAGGCUUCUAUGAAGAGGCUGAUAUGGAAGUGAAGGUGGCAGUGAUGGGCUCUGAUCCCCAAGUGCACAUAGAAGCGCCAGAAGAGGAUGGAGUGCGCAUGGUGUGCAAAGCCUCAGGAUGGUUCCCAAAGCCCCAGGUGCAGUGGAGAGACCUCAGUGGAAACAAGUUUCCAGCACUUUCUGAGGCCCACACCCAAGACAGUGAGAAGCUGUUUAGUGUGGAGGCCACUCUGGUGGUGAGAGACAGUUCUGUGGGGAAUGUGACCUGCUUUGUCCUCAACCCUGUCAUGGGCCAGGAGAAGGCCAUGGCUAUUUACAUCCCAGAGCCCUUCUUCCCUCAGGCUUCUCCCUGGAAGCCAGCAUUUGCUGUGAUCCUGACCAUGCUGGGGCUCCUACUCUUUCUCUGUGGUGAUUCAGAUGCUGGCAUCACCAAUGGUGUUGCUGUGGCAGAAAUGAUGGUCACAACACUGAUGCAUCUGCUCUGGGAGGACCGCUAUGUCUACGGUGUUGAAAAAUGCAGUGUGUUGGGUCUUAAGGGCAUCACAUCAGGAAGAUGGUACUGGGAAGUGGAGAUAGAGAAUGAUUUACACAGCAAGUGGACUCUGGGAGUCUGUAGGAAAGAUGUGACGAGAAAAUACAACUACCUCGAAUCAUCACAAAGGGGAUUUUGGGUCAUGCAGAAAUUUAACAAGAGUUAUUUUGCCCUAACUGAUCCUGAGACUUUUUUAUCUCCUAGGCAGGAUCCCUGCAGGGUGGGGGUUUUCCUGGACUACAGUGAAGGGGAUGUCUCCUUCUAUAACAUGAUUGAUGGGUCCCACAUUUUCUCUUUCCCUCCAGCCUCCUUUUCUGGAGCUCUGUUUCCAUACUUCAUGAUUAUGUGUGGACGUGUGUCCUUGACCAUCUGCUCCAUGGAAA